AUGCGACGAAAAAGAGGGGACUGUGCCUCGUUGUGGCACGAAAAAGGGAGGGGCACUAAAUCUGGUGACACGCCCGCGGAAGGGGGCGCUGGGUCGCCGAUCGAGAGUAUCGCGCGGCCAUUCGCGCCCCGGGGGCUUCCAUGGAUGUGGUGGAAGCCUCCCGUGCGUGAGAACCCGCUUCGAUCGCGCGGCAUCCAUCCAUCGCGGGGUGGUUCCCCCGAACCGUCGUCUCCCGCCAACCAACGACUUUUUCGGGGCCUCAACGGGAUUGAGGUCGGGUCAAACGGUCGCGCGGUGCUCACCUGCGUCGUCAUACUUGGGCUUCGCCAUGAUCGGCGUUCGCGUCGGUGUCAUGAGAGUGCCCUGCGACUUUUCCACAUCGACCUGCGAGCCUUUGGCCCGCACAUGGCCCCCGACGGACGACCGGGUCGCGGGCAUUUUUUUCUUCGUCAUUUGGUCCCCCAAACGGAACCCCUCUCUCUUUCCUCUCUCUUCGCGCUCAACGGGUGUCGUAUUUUUUGGCGCAACGGUCCCCCGUCUCGGAAAAGCGGCGAGCUCCGAAAGCGUCCGAAAGCAGCUACGGAGUUCGUUGGGCGAAUCCCUCGGAGCAGUACUUUUGCGGCGGUCACUCCGUGGCGAGCGAGCGGGCGUAUCGCGGCGUUCACCGGCUGGUGGGCACCGACUCGACAUCGACGCACCCCACGAAUGGCGAAGGGCAAGAGCAAGCGCAAGAACAAGGACGGCCCCUCGGGCGCCGAGGGCGGCGCGGGGCCCAGCGCCGAUUACGAGGGCCCAGGCGAAAGUUGGGGCGGCGAGCACAUGAACCAGGCGCCCGCGCCCCUCAUGGCGAUGCACCCGAGCGGCGAGCACAUCGCCGUCGCGUACGGCAAAGGCGUCGCGGUCUUCGACGCGUCCACCGGCGCGCAGAUCCCGCUCCGCGCCGCGGCGAAGGUGCCCAGCAUCGGCGAAGGCGUCGCGCACACGCCGGCGUCGCCCGAGAUGCGCGCGCCCCUCGAACCCGACGGACUCUGGCACGCCGACGCCAUCCGCGCGAUCGCGUUCGACCCGACCGGCAGAUUCCUCGCCACCGCCGCCGACGAUAAGGCGGUGCGGCUCUUCGCCAAGAACGCGGACGCGUACGAGUGCGUCCGCCGAUGGCACGAUCGCAAGAAACCCACUGCGCUCGCGUAUGACGACGAAGGAAAGCACCUGAUGAUCUCCAACAAGUACGGCGACGUUCACGUCGUCCUUACCGAUCGCAAGCCGAACGAUCCGGUGGGCACCGACCACGAGUACGGAGCCCUUCGCGAGGUGGACGAUCCCGCGUUUCUCCUCGGGCACUGCUGCGCCGUCGUGACGGACCUGACGUGCCCGCGAGGGAGCAACCUGCUCGUCACCGCCGAUCGAGACCACAAGCUCCGCGCGUCCAACCUGCCGACGACCGUGCCCUUGAUCCACGGAUCGUGGGACAUCCAGAGCUUCCUCUUCGGGCACCUGGCGUUCGUCUCGUGCGCGACGGCGGUCCCCGAACCCGACGACGACGACGACGAGGGCGAAGGCGAAGGCGCGGCGCGGGAUAACCAAAAACCAAAAAAGAUCGAGCGACUCGCAUCCGGCGGCGGCGACGGCGCCGUCCGCCUGUUCCGCCUCGACGACGGCGAGGAGCUGGCGAGCGCGCAACUGAGCGCACCCGUCGACCCGCCGUCCCCCGAGGAGCUCGAGGCGAUCGUGACCGGGCAGGCGCCUCGGAUCCCGGUCAACGCGCCGGCGGUGACGAGCAUCGACGCGCAUCCCUCCGGCGCGGCUGUCGUCGCCGCGGUGGAGGGCGCCCCCGAGGCGGUGCUCAUGCGCGGCGACGACCUGCGGGUGGUGGCCAAGAUUCCGGUGCCCGUGUGUGGGGACGACGUGGAGGUGACGUGCGUGAGGUUCGACAGGCCGAGCGGUCAACGGCUGUGGGUAGCGGGGACCGUCGGGUCGGAUGCGGCGCCGUUUUUCCGCUGCGCUCGCGUCGGUGUGAACGGAAGCGUCGACGGGAAGGCGUCCGACGAUGGCGACGGGGUGGACGGGGGCACGAUCGCGGAUCCCGCGGACGACGUCUUGGCUUCCAAGAUGCGCGAGGCGAUGGCGCCGCACGCGCCUGGUGGAAAUUCUUCGCGCAUGGUGAGCAAAGGGACGGCGCUGAGGAAGAAGCAGUACGACAACGUCGCCGAGAUUGCGGAGCGUAAGAAGCUUCGGAGGGACGUGACCAAGGGAAAGAGGAAGGCGGACGGGGCUUGA